AUUCACCUAAGUUACCCCGUUCCCCCGCGCUUGCUAUGCGCUAUUGCGUGAUUCGGAUUCCAAAAGGAAAAAAUACGCUAUUCUUUUGACAAAAGAAAACUUUUGCCGGGAAAAUCGUCCCUGUCGCUAUUUUCACUGCUUUCCUUUUUAGGUCCAUUACAAUGAACUCAUAGUUAUGGCUGCUUCCGCGAAAACUUAGUUUUACGAUAAUAAGCUGCUCUUCCAAGAAACAGAGAGAUAAUUUCACCUAUUAAACCACUUGACAAAUAACCAGCACGACAGUUGCAUCCCAUUGACAACAAUGUGGAACUCGAAGUUGGGCAAUGCCUUUCCCAAGGCGGAGAUCGACAAGGCCGACGCGGGGCGCAUGAAGUUUCUCCGCCAGUUGCGCAACGAGGGCAAAAACAGCGAAUGCGUGGACUGCGGAGCAAAGGAGACCGCGAUCCAGUGGGCCGUCCUGCCAAUAGGCAGUUUUGUCUGCGUCCGCUGCGCAAGUUUGCACCGAGGGUUGGGCACGCACAUUUCGAAAGUCAAGGGACUGACGGGCACCUACCUCUGGGGACCGGACGAAGUUGCGCACAUGAUCGGCAACAGUGCGGUGGCUGAGAUUUACGGCGGAGCGCAGCAGAGGCAGCCUCCGACCGCCGACGAUGCAACCAUUCGGGCUUUCAUGUCCGAAAGGUAAAGAUUAGCAACCGUAGGCAGCAGCUCGGAAUGGAAAAAUGGAAUCUUGAGUCCUGCCCAACAGCAACACCGCUGUGCGAUCGCCUAGAUCAUUAUACGAGUUUUAGCCACACAAAUUCGCAUGCGCCCGCCCAGCUGCGUUGACAAAAUGAAAGCCGCGAGAGAACGCCAAGAAUCUGUACCGCAGGAUAUGCGCUACUAGACGCCCACUUUCGCACGCAGAUUAAUCGCAAAGGUGCCUUGGCGCUCGUCAGCCGCAUGAGUUUAGACUUGAAAUGUGCGGACAUGUUACGUAAGUUUGGCCGCAAAAGUGAUAACGGCAUUAAACUUGGCUUCAGAUUGAAGCUCUGAAACAGAAAAACAAAAUCAAUAAAAACAGACUUAAAUCAAUAUCUUGUGCAGUAGGUUUUGCAAAUUGAAUUUUCAGGUAUGACCGUCGGGCCUGGUUCUCUCAAGAAAAAUUCAACGCGUACGAGCCGCAGAGGCACGGAUGGAAUUCUGAAAACAGCGCAGCGAACGGCAACGGCAUGACGCGGCCCCAGGUGGUUGAUCCGUUCGACGACAGCACCUGGACGGCGGCACCGCAGGCCGCGAAGGCUGGCGUAGUAGCAGCGAAGGGCAGCGACAAGCAAAACACCAGCCUGAUGGACGAAGUCGAUGCGCAGUUCGCUAAGAAGGAAACAAAUGACUUUUUCGACUUGGACAAUUGGUGAAUACUGCUAAUAAUUUUGUCGCCGCAUUGAUAAGUACUCUAGCUCUACCACUUGUACAAAGUCAAAAGAUAAGUUCGCGAAGCUACUUUCUACCCCUAGGAGAUAGUUUUUUUGGUUUCACUGUCUACAGCACAGGCCCCGAACUUUUGGAGGCGACGCAGAUGAACUUCUUUCAAAAUGCGAAGUAUAUGUUGAGCAAGCAAGAGCGCAAAUUUCUCUGCGCUGGAAGUUAAAAGGAAUAAAUUGGACAGACUGUGUAUAUGUUGAGGAACGCAGACGAUGUUGCGCGCUAAAGUGUUCGCUGUUUUAUUUUUUCUUACGACGCCGCUUCGCAUUGUAGCCC